AAAAUGAAAAUUUUGAAGCUCAUGGUGAUAUCGGAGAAAUUUGGUUCGGAGAGGACAGUGUAGAGAAAAUAGUAGAUUGGGUAUUGACCAAUGCCCCUGCAAAGUCCGUACCAAUUCUUGACAUUGGAUGUGGAAAUGGCCAUGUUCUGCUAGAACUUGCCGAUCAAAAUUUUACAGAUCUUGUUGGAAUAGAUUAUUCAUCGAAUGCUAUUAGAUUAGCUAUUGAUAUUGCAAGAAACCGUGGAUACGAUCAAGUUAUUUCAUACUAUGUUGUAGAUUUACUGGAUGAUAACGGGACUGCAGAUGAUGGUAGCUCUCGCUCUACUGAGUUCCAAACUCGAGGGAAAUUUAAAAUUAUACUUGACAAAGGCACAUUUGACGCAAUAAGUCUUGCGCCUCAGACCCUUACACUCCAGUGUGAUGACUAUUCAAAAAAAGUACAAUCUUUGCUUGACCCUGAUGGAUUUUUUCUGAUAACGAGUUGUAACUUUACCCAAGAAGAAUUGGUGAAAAGAUUCAGUAGAGAGUUUGAUUAUUUUGAACAUAUAAAGUAUCCCACUUUUACCUUUGGUGGUGUGACCGGACAAGCCAUAUCAACUGUUGCUUUUAAACCAAAGCUAUUGUAUUGA